AUGUUUCUAGCCGACUGCGGUAUGCUUGGUACUGUGCGUGGUGCAUCGGUUAGCGUGACGUCAACGCAGCUUUGCGGAACCGCUACUUACACGUGUGACCUUGGUUACGGUUACACAGGGGGUAACCUCACACGCACGUGUCAGUCCUCGGCACAAUGGAGCGGAACCAAACCAGUUUGCGUUUAUCGUGCUAUAAUUUCACGUGCGAUUCUUUUGGUUCUUUGUGGAGAGCUUUGUACCGCAUGUGGUCGAAGACGCUCUUCGCAAGUGCUGGAUAAGGCGCCGCCCUCUCUGUCCGGCUGUCCAGGGAAUCUGCAUUACUACACGGACCCCCUUAAGCUGUACUCCACCCAUGUUGAAUGGACGGAACCUACGGCAUGGGACAACAGCGACGGCAGUGUUGGUGCGCAACGCAUCGAAGGAAACGGCCCAGGACACGUGUUUUACGUCGGUUUGCAUACGAUAAGGUACAUGACAAAGGAUAACACAGGGAACACGGCGACCUGUGGGUUUACUGUUACGGUUGAAGCGAAAUAUUGCAGACCAUGGGCUACGGUUAGGCAUGGUUGGGUUGUUUGUGACCCCUCUGUUGACAUGUUGGUUGGCACGCUUUGCACGUUUGGAUGCUUUCCCGGUUACAAUUUGCACGGUUCGAACACAACUAUCUGUGAGGCGCAAGAUCGUUGGAGUGUAACAAGUCUUCCCACAUGCGUUCAUGUGACCCCUCCAAUGUACGCAGAAUGUCCCUCGCUGCUCGUGUUCUAUGCAGACAAAUCGCACGAUUUCACCACAGUUAACUGGCAGGAACCUCUUCACUCUGACAACGCUGGUUUGGCAGGAACAGUCGCAAGACAAGUUCGCGGCCCAUCACCGGGUACAGUGGUGCAAGUGGGCGAAUACACUGUUGUCUACCAGGCAUGGGACAGUGAGAACAACACAUCCACCUGCGAAAUACAACUAGCGGUUAAACAGAUCACUUGUCACAGUUUAUACCCACGCCCAUACACGAAGGUAGAGUGUACGGAUGGCAGGCGCUUUGGCUCGCAGUGUGGCUUUACGUGCCAGGAAGGGGCAUCUCUCAAAGGCGACAACAUCGUCUAUUGUGAUGCAUGGAACUCAAGUGACAUCUUGUAUGGCAUGUGGACGUUUGGAUCCUCACAACCAUUCUGUGAACUGGAAGGAAAAUGCUUACGCCCCAGUGCUCCCGAGCACGGUGCGCUCUCGUGUGACACCUGGGCAGGAGGAGCAUAUUGCGUGUUGCAGUGCGAAAAAGGAUACGUGGUCCAAGAUUCAGAGUUCGAUCCUCUUCUCACGUGCAGCGACAUCAGUGGCGUGUUCUCAAAUGUCAAAGAUGAUGGAAAAUUGCCGCCAUGUACAGCAUGGGAACCGGAUCCGUUUUUCAAUUACCAGCUUGAUGAGUACUAUUACUUUGAUGGCGAUUGUUGGGCAGCCAAAGAGCAGAUCAAGCAGAACUUCAUAGCCGCCCUUUUAUCCAGUCUGGGAAAUGUGUGCACAGCGACAAACUGCAAUGCUUCUUAUGUUGAGGUUUACUGUUUCAACGAAACUCGUCAAGCAAGGGAACGCCGUUCAGUACCAAAGACUCUGACGGUAUCUGUGAUACUGACUGUGUCUGGCGAAGGUCAGAACAAACUUUCACCUACUGAUGCCAUUAUGAUGCAAGAACAAAUAUAUCGGGCAAGGACUGAAAGCAACGCAAGUCUCGAGAUAGGUCACGGACAAUACAUGCAAUUAACCUCUUUACAUGUUUCUAAUCCCGAAGUCACGUGCUCACUUGGAUCGAUUGCGGACAGUGUAAUGCUUGCGUGUGGUAAGGAGAACUUUAGCUCUUCUACAUAA